CAGCAACGUGCAAGGGGAAAGGGGACACGAUUCUGGAUAGCCAUUUGCUUCACUGGGAUGUGAAAGUUCUUUUGAGUACUAGAAUCAGAAAUGGCCAAACGCACCUUCUCUAACUUGGAGACAUUCCUGAUUUUCCUCCUUGUAAUGAUGACUGCCAUCACAGUGGCCCUUCUCAGCCUUUUGUUUACCACCAGUGGGACAAUUGAAAACCACAAAGAUCUAGGAGAACAUUUUUUUUCAACCACCCCAAACCCUCCAGCCACCCAGGGCUCCACAGCCACCCAGAGCUCCACAGCCACCCAACGCUCCACAGCCACCCAGAGCUCCACAGCCACUCAAACUUCUCCAGUGACUUCAACCCCAGAGCCACCUCUAUUUCAGAACUUCAGUGGCUAUCAUAUUGGUGUUGGACGAGCUGACUGCACAGGACAAGUAGCAGAUAUCAAUUUGAUGGGCUACAGCAAAUCUGGCCAGAAUGCACAGGGCAUCCUCACCAGGCUGUACAGUCGUGCUUUCAUCAUGGCAGAACCUGAUGGGUCCAAUCGAACAGUGUUUGUCAGCAUCGACAUAGGCAUGGUAUCCCAAAGGCUCAGGCUGGAGGUCCUGAACAGACUGCAGAGUAAAUAUGGCUCCCUGUACAGAAGAGACAAUGUCAUCCUGAGUGGCACUCACACUCAUUCAGGUCCUGCAGGAUAUUUCCAGUAUACUGUGUUUGUAGUUGCCAGUGAAGGAUUUAGCAAUCGAACUUUUCAGCACAUGGUCACAGGUAUCUUGAAGAGCAUUGAUAUAGCACACACAAAUAUGAAACCAGGUAAAAUCUUCGUCAAUAAAGGAAAUGUGGAUGGUGUGCAGAUCAACAGAAGUCCUUAUUCUUACCUUCAAAAUCCGCAGUCAGAGAGAGCAAGGUAUUCUUCAAAUACAGACAAGGAAAUGGUAGUCUUGAAAAUGGUAGAUUUGAAUGGAGAUGACUUGGGCCUUAUCAGCUGGUUUGCUAUCCACCCGGUCAGCAUGAACAACAGUAACCAUCUUGUAAACAGUGACAAUGUGGGCUAUGCAUCUUACCUGCUUGAGCAAGAGAAGAACAAAGGAUAUCUACCUGGGCAGGGGCCAUUUGUAGCAGCCUUUGCUUCAUCAAACCUAGGAGAUGUGUCCCCCAACAUUCUCGGCCCACAUUGCAUCAACACGGGAGAGUCCUGUGAUAACGCCAAUAGCACUUGUCCCAUUGGUGGGUCUAACAUGUGCAUUGCUAUGGGACCUGGACGGGAUAUGUUCGACAGCACACAAAUUAUAGGACGGGCCAUGUAUCAGAGAGCAAAGGAACUGUAUGCCUCUGCCUCCCAGGAGGUAACGGGACCACUGGCUUCAGCACACCAGUGGGUGGAUAUGACAAAUGUGACGGUCUGGCUCAAUUCCACACAUACAGCAAAAACAUGUAAACCAGCACUGGGCUACAGUUUUGCGGCUGGCACUAUUGAUGGAGUUGGAGGCCUCAAUUUUACACAGGGGAAAACAGAAGGGGAUCCAUUUUGGGACACCAUUCGGAACCAGAUCCUGGGAAAGCCAUCUGAAGAAAUUAAAGAAUGUCAUAAACCAAAGCCCAUCCUUCUUCACACUGGAGAACUAUCAAAACCUCAUCCCUGGCAUCCAGAUAUUGUUGAUGUUCAGAUUAUUACCCUUGGGUCCUUGGCCAUAACUGCUAUCCCUGGGGAGUUUACGACCAUGUCUGGACGAAGACUUCGAGAGGCAGUUCAAGCAGAAUUUGCAUCUCAUGGGAUGCAGAACAUGACUGUUGUUAUUUCAGGUCUAUGCAAUGUCUAUACACAUUACAUUACUACUUAUGAAGAAUACCAGGCUCAGCGAUAUGAGGCAGCAUCGACAAUUUAUGGACCUCACACGUUAUCUGCUUACAUUCAGCUUUUCAGAAACCUUGCUAAGGCUAUUGCUACGGACACAGUAGCCAACCUGAGCAGAGGCCCAGAACCUCCAUUUUUCCAACAAUUAAUAGUUCCAUUAAUUUCUAAUAUUGUGGAUAGAGCACCAACAGGCAGAACUUUUGGGGAUGUCCUGCAGCCAGCAAAACCUGAAUACAGAGUGGGAGAAGUUGUUGAAGUUAUAUUUGUAGGUGCUAACCCAAAGAAUUCAGCACAAAACCAGACCCAUCAGACCUUCCUCACUGUGGAGAAAUAUGAGGCUACUUCAACAUCGUGGCAGACAGUGUGUAAUGAUGCCUGCUGGGAGACUCGUUUUUAUUGGCACAAGGGACUCCUGGGUCUGAGUAAUGCAACAAUGGAAUGGCAUAUUCCAGACACUGCCCAGCCUGGAAUCUACAGAAUAAGAUAUUUUGGACACAAUCGGAAGCAGGACAUUCUGAAGCCUGCUGUCAUACUUUCAUUUGAAGGCACUUCCCCUACGUUUGAAGUUGUAACUACUUAGUGAAAAGUUGGCAGAUCAUGUAAAGAACAGCGUUACUCUGUACACAUUAUAUAAGUGAUUUCAAAUGAAUGUGAACUAGUGAACUACUAUGUUGACUUCUAUAAUCGUCCUUAUUUGGGGACAGAUAGUUUACUGCUAAUGGGGCAGAGGUGUGUGUGUGUGUGUGUGUGUGUGUGUGUGUGUGUGAGAGAGAGAGAGAGAGAGAGAGAGAGAGAGAGAGAGAGAGAGAGAGAGAGAGGUUUGUCCCAUAUAUCUUGUUCCAGUAGCCAUACACCUUGUGGUCUACAGCCUAAAGCAUGAUUUCCCUUGAAGCCUUGGGGCUGUUUAAAGGAGAGUCCCUUCAAUAUAAAACCUCUGAAAUAUUAGUGAGAAUGGCUGAAUACAUGUGAACAAUGUUUAACCUAUUUAUUUAUAUAUGUAAUUAUUGAAUGUUAGUACUGGGAGAGUUUAUAGAAAUCAUCUAGUCUUAUUCUUCAUCUUACAGAUAAGAAAAAUGGUCUUUUCUUAUAAUCACAUUUACAAAAUAUGAUAUAAACCUUGACCAUAAAUGUAUGAGCCUAAUUAGAGAAACAGAAAAUCAGCAUGUCAGUUUUUCUUCAUUCAAAAUAACAUAGCCUUUCUAAGCAGUCAUUCUGGAGUUAACAUGCCUAGUUCAGAGUUGUUGUGGAUGCUCAAAUCAUUUCUGGAAUUGCCUUCAGAACCCAAUUAUGAGAAAGUCAGACUUGCAAUAUUUUGAUCAUGCUUUGUGUUUUCCUAAGUGUCCUUAUCCCACUGGAUUGUGUCUCUUACUCCCAAGACUUAUUCCAAAUUUUUUUUGUACUCUUUUCAUUAAUCAAAUUCACCCCAAACCAGAAAGCUUUGCCAUUAGUAUAGAUAUUAAAAGUAUUACUGGCUGGGAAAGCACUCCUCAGAGCAAAGGUUCUAAAUUAAUUUAUCUGUUCUUUUUACCAUUUGCUCACUCACUCAUGGACCCAUUCAAUCAUAGAAUAUUUACGAUUUAUAUGCCCAGAAUUGUAAUGGUACCUGGGCCUUGAUAAUUAGUGACAUUGUACUUGGGGUGAAUGUAUAAGUGUCAAAAGGUAACUAUUAUAAAGGAGAAAAUAAUCAAUUUAAUAUGUAAAUUCCGGGGAGGCAUUUAAAAAAUCAGUAAUCUUCAAGUUAUAUCUUGUGUAUCAUCUGUGUUGGAUACUCUAAUUUUAGGGUAAAGAGGCUCCAGACAGUUUGCUAAAUACUAUUUUGAAAGUUAUUUUUGGGCCUUGUAAAAUACCUAGCCUCAUGCCCCGAAGAGUAAGAUAUGACAAUCUGACAUCGAUUGCCUGAAAGUACUAAUUGCAUUUAAAAUUCUUUAAAUUAACUAGGAGUUCCCAGACUGCAAAGCAAAUUUCCAAAACCAGGCCAUACUUUUGUAUGUAUGUAAAAGCUUUAGCAUUUUAGGGAAAAAAAAAUCAAUCUGUAUUCAAAAAUAAACUUUGAGGUCUGAAAAUAAUAACGAUAUUAAUGAUGGUAAUAUUAACAUCCAUUAUGUAUAACUUAAUCUCAACAUAAUUUAUUGAAUUAGAAUGAACCUGGAACACUUUUUGAUGAAUCAGUAUCCUAGAGGCUGUUUCCAUGGACAUUAACUGCUGGAGGAUUAGGUAAUCAGGGAUUCCAAGUCUUCCAAGUCUUGUGAUCAUUUUUCUAAUGACACCACAGUCUUUAGUGUAAAAGUUCAGAAGCCUAAAAGAACAAGUGAUCCUGAAAGUAGCUGAUCCCAGACAAGAAAUUUAUAUUAGAACUCAUGAUAUGGUUUUUUAAAGUAUUUGUUAUUACUCAGAAGGGUUCAUGAAUCAUUUUCCACUACCUCUAUGCCUUCUAUUGAAGCUUUCCUCAAUCUACUUGUGAUUCCUGAUAGCUCACUGGCAACUGUACCAAGGUGGUCACUGUAUCAUCUACUGACCCUUCUGCAUCCAGCACUCUUGGUCCCAGAUAACCCACAGAAACCUAUUUUCUUACCAGCUGUCAUUUCUUCUAGGCCAUGCAGUUCUAUGUUUGCAGUUCAUGUGUAAAAAUAAAACCAAAUUCCUGGAUUAUCAAUAUCAGUUCUGUAUCUAUGCAUAAAAGAAUAUCAUGAAGUAACUGAACUUAUCUGUUGAUAUAAAAACACAGAUCCAAUUCGUGUCUGUGGGUGCUGCAGGGACUGGCUCAUUGGAGCCAAACCAUGUGGCGUAAACUCCUGAAAUUGGUGGAAAAAGUGGAAUAUGGCAGAUUGGGUAGGUAAGAGAACAAUUGUGGAGAUUUUGUUUUUCAUGUUAAAGUGUCUGCAUUUUAUUUGCUGUACCCUGCCUACUCUGGUUUUAAGGAUUCUGUGACUUCUUCGAAAAGCACUGAAUAAUCUCUUUUCCAGGUCUAGAUUUUUUUGGUGAGUACUGAGUAAAAUUGUCAACAUUCAAUGGAUUAUUUAAUAAUAAAUUAAGAAUUACACUCACAAAAGUAUGUCUAAUGAAAGGUAAUGUAGACAAAUGAACACUUUUUUAAAAAAAGAGGUGAAAAAAAGGUGUUAGAUUACACGUAAAUUAGGUUGGAAAGUGAUACAAAUGACUAAUAACUAACCACUGAAGCACAAGGGAACCACUUCUUUAUCAGUUCCUUUCCAAUUUCUGAAGAUGUACUGCUGGAAAAACACAUGUAUGGUUGGCAUUUCUUUUAUUUUCUUUCUCUUUUUUACUAGUUGGGCAAAAAAUUUCCUAGGCAGGUGGCUAACUAUGAAAUGGUUUCAUGAGCUAAUUCUGAACAAAAAGACCAAGAAUGAAUUCACUUAUGAAUGUCCUUUUCUAAUGUGCCCUCUUAUGCUUCUCCUCCAACAUAAGCAAGCUUACUGUCUUUUUCUACUAUUAGUGCAUGGAUUCUAUCUUUAGUCAAAAGGUUUCAUCACUAGAUAAACUUCUCAUGUGUUUAGUUCUUCCAAAUGAUGCUCUUGCUUCCUGGGUAUCCAACCUGACUUGCUGGUCUAUAUUGGCUUCCAAAAUUUUAGAGUGAUAGGGUAUCGGAGAGGGAAAUUUGCACAUUCCUUACACAAUUAGUUAGAAUGCAUUCAGUUGUAACUCAGAAAAUAUUCCUGAUCAACAUCCAUCCAAAUACUGAAGACAUUUAUAACCUCACAUAGCAGUAAGUCUUGAAGUGAUAAAUACAGGUUUUGUGCAGCCACUCAGUGGCUCUUCUUAACAUACUUACUUAAUUCUUAGGCUUAUCUUCUUGGCCAAAAGAUCGCUACCUCGUGUCUACAUACAAUUGAAUGAAGCAGCAAAAUGGGAAAAGAGUUCUCUUUAUAAUACCCUUUUGGAAGGUGGAAAGUAGUAGGAACACAAGUUGAAUUUUCCUUCUAUUUCCUUGUUCAGAACGGUGCCACACAGUUACUCUUACCUGCAAGGGAGGCUGGAAAAAAGAACAUUUAGUAUUUUGUGCUUCUAGAGAGUGAGGCAAGUUCUGAUAGUAAGAAAAAAGAGACAGUUGAAGUAGCUGUCAUAAAGGUACGUCAGUCAAGACAGAUUAGUUAUGCUACAACAUUAGAGAUUUAUUUCUUGAUUUCAUGACCUGUCCAUUGAGGUUAGCUGGAGGAUCUGUUCCACACCCUUCUCAUUUGGGUUCACAGCCUGACAGAGAUUUCCAUUCUAAACAUUCUUCCAUUGUGAGGGAACAGGAACAGGUGCUUCCAUGACUGGGGGAAGGGACAGGGAGAAUCAUGCAGUAGUUUGUGAAGCUCCCACAUUACUGUGCAUUUUUCACUGAGCAGGUGACGGAACCAGGAUGUUUGCAAGCAGCCCUAAAGUUUACCACAAUGGGCAAGGAAUAAUAUCUGUAUAUCCAACUUAACUGCUCUUUGAAAUAAUUAUAACUAGUUUUAUUCUAGAAAACAUAUUUUGGAAAAGGACACACAUUGGAAUCAUGAUGAAAAAAUUGCUUUCUGUAUUGCAAAAUGUUUACAUUCCUUUAACAGCUUUAUAUCAAGCACCUAUAUACUUUGUGGCAGAAAUUAUACUAAAUCCUAAGAAUGAAACAAUAAUGAAGGCAAAGCUAUUCCCUGCCAAAAGAAACUUACAGUUUAAUGAACAAAGCAAACAGAUAAACAAUAAUUACUGUACAGGGUGACCCAUAUUGUUAUUGUUCAGGGAAUUAGAGAGAGCACCUAAUAUGGUCUUGGGGAUGUUUCAGUAAGUUUCCUGGAAGAAAUAACAUAUAAACUAAGACUUCAAAGAUAUGUAGAAAUUAGCUAGAAGAAAGGCAAUGGUGUGUGCGUGUAUGUGUGUAUUUGUGUGUGUUUGUGUUUGUGUACUGGGCAAAUAGACUAUUCCAUGUAGAGGGAAUAUUGAGUACUUUAUCAAGGUUGUAGUUAGAGUAUAAGGGAAGAGUUGACAGUGAGGCAGCACUAAACUUUACUUUCAUAAAUAGCAAUUUGGUUUUAUACUUGUAUUAGCAUUUUUCCCCCUUGAGACUGUUCCCCUAUAACAUCAAAGUCCUUGAAUGUAUUUGCCAUUUGCUCUAAUAAUAAAAUACACUUUCUAUAACCAAAAA